AUGGCAGCCUCGUCCCCCAGGAGCCCGGAGACGGUCCCCUCCUGCUGCGGAGGCGCCCUCCUGGCGGCGCUGGUGCUGCUGGCGCUGCCGGCGGCCUGGGGUCAAUGCAAGGCCCCUGAAAUGUUUUCAUUUGCCAAGCCUGUUAACCCAUCUGAUAAGUCCGAGUUUCCCAUUGGGACAUCUUUGAAGUAUGAAUGCCGCCCAGGUUACAGAGGCAAACCAUUCUUUAUCACCUGCCAAGAAAACUCGAUCUGGACAAACACUGAAGACAAGUGUAGACGUAAAUCAUGUAGUAAUCCUGCAGAGCCUAUAAAUGGCCUGGUGCACGUAGACACAAACGUCCAGUUUGGAUCAAGAAUUAAUUAUACCUGUAAUAAAGGAUACCGACUCAUUGGUCCCUCCUUUGCUGUAUGCAUCAUCUCAGGCAAUACUGUCACUUGGGAUAAGGAAGCACCUAUUUGUGAGGAUAUUCUUUGUGGGCCACCCCCAGCCAUCGCCAAUGGAGAUUUCUUUAGCACCGACAGAGAAUAUUUUCAGUAUGGAUUGGUGGUAACCUACCGCUGCCAUCUUGGAGACAGAGGGAAAAGGGUGUUUGACCUCGUGGGCGAGCCCUCGAUAUACUGCACCAGCCAUGACGAUCAAGUGGGCAUCUGGAGUGGCCCUCCCCCUCAGUGCAUUCUACCUAAUAAGUGCACGCCUCCAGAGGUGGAAAACGCAGUAAUGGUAUCUGGCAACAGAAGAUUAUUUUCCUUAAAUGAAAUCGUGGAGUUGAGGUGUCAGCCUGGCUUUGUCAUGAAAGGACCCCGCAGUGUGCAGUGCCAGGCCCUAAACAAAUGGGAGCCAGAGUUACCAAGCUGCUCCAGGGUAUGUCAGCCACCUCCAGAAAUCCUGCAUGGUGGGCAUACUCUAAGCAACAAGGGCAACUUUUCCCCUGGGCAGGAAGUGCUCUACAGCUGUGAGCCCGGCUAUGACCUCAGAGGGGCUGCUUCUCUGCGCUGUACACCCCAGGGAGACUGGAGCCCUGCAGCCCCCAGAUGUGCAGUAAAAUUAUGUGAUGACUUUCUGGACCAACUCCCUAAUGGCCGUGUGCUGUUUCCACUUACUCUCCAGCUUGGGGCAAAGGUGUCCUUUGUUUGUGAUAAAGGUUUUCGAUUAAAAGGCAGCUCUACUAGUCACUGUGUCUUGGUUGGAAUGGAAAGCCUUUGGAAUAGCAGCGUUCCUGUGUGUGAACAAAUCUUUUGUCCGAGUCCUCCAGCUAUCCCUAAUGGGAGACACACAGGAAAACCUCUGGAAGUCUUUCCCUUUGGAAAAGCAGUACAUUAUUCAUGUGACCCCCACCCAGAUGGAAGGUUGACCUUCCACCUCAUCGGAGAGAGCACCCUUCACUGCACAAGUGACCAUCAAGGGAUAGGGAUUUGGAGCAGCCCUGCUCCCCGCUGUGGACUUCUGGGUUAG